AUGGCCAAUAUUGAUGAACCAAUUUAUUUGGCAUGUAGACGAGCACUUGGACUUGAUGGUUCAAGUGAAAUUAGUGGUAUUUUAUCAAAUGUUCAAGAUAUUGAAGCAUUAACUGAACAUGUUAUUAAUGUUGUACGAACAAAAAUGCGUGAACAAAAUGCAAUUAGAGAUACAACAACAUUUGUUCGUCCAUUUGUAGAAUUAUUUAUGGAUUCAACAAAUGCACCUCGUAUGUAUACGAUUAAUAAAUUAUUAAAAAAAAUGGUCGAAUUUCAUUCAUCUUUAGCAAAACCAUUUGCUGAAGGUCUUUUACAACAUCCACGAAUGAAUUUUACAUUACCAGCAUUAAUAUGGAAUUCAGCAAUGGAUCUUCUUCAAUUUCUUGUACGCUUUCCAGAUUAUAAAGGUAUUCGUGAUAUUUUUAAACAAUUAUUAGAAAAAGUUCAAAUGCUUAUGUCACAUACACCGCUUCAAGAUAUUGAAAAAGUAUUUAAAUUUUACACGCUUGUUGCUCUUAUUAUGAAUCCUGAUAAUAAUCUUCAAUUAAGUUAUUUUAUACAAAAUGAAAUAAAACAAACAUUACCUUGGGGUAAACCAGAAAAUCCAUAUCCACCUUGUUUCUCUAGUUUAAUAUUAAAAUUUAUUGAUUCAUUUCGUCCAACUGCUCAACUGGUAUCUAUAACUGGUCGUGAUAUGCUUUAUCCAAUUGUUGGAUAUUCAAAUUAUGCUUCUAUAUUAUGGCGUUUACAUUAUGUUAAAUUAAAAUUUCAUCAAACAGCUCCAUUACCAUUCGAUAGAGCUCAAGUUCAACCACAAACAGAAUUAUUUUGUUAUGUUAUAAAACAACUUAAUUCUCGUGACCUUGCAUUUAGUUUAGUUGGUAUUGCACGUAAUGUAAAACAACGAAUUACUGCAAUUGAAGAAUCAUUAGCCGAUCUAUUAAUAUGGAAUAUGUUUGAAACAAAUAAAAUUCAAGAUUUUGAAGGUCAAUUACAUUUAUGGACUGUAACAGCACAUAUUGUAUUAGUUUAUGUACAAAAUGUUUGUAUAACUUUAAGUGGUAUUCUUAAUACAAUUAAUCUAAAGGUUGCUUCUUUUCCCGGACCUGUCUAUGGUAUUGGUCGAGAUUGGCUUAUGUGGUUAAUUGGACAAAUGCUUUGUCAUGUAUUAAAUAAAAAUCAUGUUAAAUCUGCUUGGCCAGAUUAUCUUGUUUUACUUGAUCUUAUUCGAAUACUUUAUCCAGAUAAUCAAGCAUUACCAGAACCAGAUUAUCGUGAUUUUCAAUCAGUUGUUUCAAUAGCAGCUGCAUCAAAUUGGUAUUUUUUAACAACACGUGUUAUACCAGCUAUAGCUGCAUCAACACAACAAAAUUCAUUACCACAACAUCAAACACCUAAUGCACUUUAUGUUCAUGUUGAAGCUUUAAAAUCAUUUGAAGAUCGUAAAUUAUCAUCAAUUGAUGAUUAUCGAUUUUAUAUCUGUUGGAAUUUAGUUGGUAAUGAUCCAAAAUUAAAUUCUCCUUAUAUGGAUACUUUAUUUAAAGUUUAUGUACUUAAUACUUCACAAUCAAUUCCAGCAAGUCAUAUGAGUCAUAAUGUAUAUGGACCAUCAGAAGGUAUACCAUAUCGAUCAUUAGAUGCAAUCAGUGCACAUGUUAAAUGUCUUAUUGCAAGACAAUAUUAUAGUGAUAUAAUAUCAAAAAAUUUAUUUAAUCCAGCACAAUGGUCAAUGGUAUCACCCGGUGGUGUUGAAUCAUUUGCACGUUUAUUAGCAUAUCCAGAAGUUGAACAAGAUCGUUUAAAAGAAUUAUUAAAUUUAACAGAUACAAUUAUAAGUAAAAAUUGGUUUGUAGGUGCACAUUUAUUAGCAGAAUUACUUACAUUUCGUCUUCAUCGUAUACCAACAUCAAUACGUGCACAAUUAUUACAACAAUUUUCAGGUAUAUUAGCAUCACCAUCACAUGCUGGUCAUCCACAAUUACAUUGCGCAAUACAAAAUCUUUUACUUAAUCUUAUACUUCAAUUUAAUUGUACUGAUCUUUAUAAUCAAGUACCAAAAUUAAUUGAUUCAAAAAUGUUACAAUCUGUAUUUACUAAAGAAUCGGAAGAAAUUAAUAAAGUUUUUAUUUUAUGUAUUGCUCGAUCAUUUAUUGUUACUGGAUCAGAAUCAAUGCCUGUUCCAUGGUGUACAGAUUUUUUAACUCAUAUUAUGCAAAUAACACCACAUGGAUGGUCAGCAUCAACAUUAGAAACUAUGCCAACAUUUAUGGCUGAAUGGUAUCGAGCUCAUCCAAUUAAUGAUAUUUAUAGAGAUAUACGAGCACGUGUUGAUGAUGAUUAUAAAAAAUUAACAAAUUCAGCUUCAUUAGCAAAUGAACAAGAAAUUGUAAAACAUUUUAGUCAACCAACUAAUACAACUUGUCUUUGUGUAUUUCUCAAGUUGACUAUUGAAGAUCGUCCAUUAAGAUCAUAUAUUAAUACAUUUUAUGAAAUAUUUAAAAAUCUUCUUACACGUUCAAUGAAUGGUCAUUAUCGUACAUUAGCUGAAUAUAUAUUACGUGAAAUAACAUUACAACAAAAUCAUAGUCAAACAUUUAUGCAAAAAUAUGCUGAUGCAGUUGUUCUAAUGGCAACUCGUUAUAAUAUAAUUCAACUUGAUCGAUUAUUACUUAUUCUAUUUCUUCGACCAUUAGAAGAAUCGAAAACACCAUAUGUCCAUAUUCUUUUCUAUUUUAUGAUUAAUUCUAAUACAUUAUCUGAAAUAAUUAAAGAUUUUGGUAAUAUUGCAAGAAGUAUUCCUUGUGAUAUAUGGAGUAUGAAAAAUUUUCAUGAAAAAUUUCAUUGUGAAUAUGUUAAGAAAAAUAAUGAACGCUUCUUUAUGGAAGGUUUUAUCAAAGAUUAUUUACAAUCAGUAAGUUUUGAAGAAUAA